GCGAGUGAGAUCGAGCAGGACGCCAGCCGCAUUGAGCUCACACUUCCGUCCGCCAUGGCCUCCGCCGCCGUACUCAAAAAAGCCUUUACACUCCCACCAACGGUGCGCACGCUCGCCAAUGGCGUGCCCAGCGCGUCGCUGCUCAAUCUCCAAGCCCGUGCCGCGACCCAGGGCGAACACCAUGAAGGUCAUGAUCAUGCCGCAGGUCCCCGCUCUGACGUCCCCGCCAAGUUCGCCAGCAGCCUGAAGCUGUCCUCUCAGGGCCUCGUGCAGCAGACAUUCGCGAGCCCCAAGUCCACCGGCGACUUCCAGCAGCGCUUCCUGUCCACCUCCGCCGUCCGCAGGGAUGCACCGCAGGUCCCCGACUUCUCGAACUACGAGGCAGAGAGCCCCACGCGCAACCGCAACGUCGCCUACGCGAUGAUAGGUACCAUGGGUGUCCUCUCCGCGAGCGUUGCCAAGUCCACUGUCACGGAGUUCCUUGCCUCCAUGUCCGCGUCCGCAGACGUUCUUGCGCUUGCCAAGGUCGAGAUUGAGCUCGCCAGCAUUCCCGAGGGCAAGAACGUCGUCAUCAAGUGGCGUGGUAAGCCCGUGUUCAUCCGUCAUCGUACCGCGGACGAGAUCGAGGAGGCGCGGAACACCGACUGGAAGACCCUGCGUGACCCCGAGAGCGACGAGCAGCGCGCUAAGAAGCCCGAAUGGCUUGUCAUGCUCGGUGUUUGCACCCAUUUGGGCUGCGUACCCAUUGGCGAGGCUGGUGACUAUGGAGGCUGGUUCUGCCCGUGCCAUGGCUCCCAUUACGAUAUCUCUGGGCGUAUCCGCAAGGGUCCUGCUCCUCUCAAUCUUGAGAUUCCUAAUUAUGACUUCAACGAGGCCGAGGGCAAGCUCGUUGUUGGUUGAUAGACUUGUCGGGUGGAUAGACUAUCAUAAUGCCACGUGCAAAUCUGCAUUCGUCUUGACUGGAUUCUGCGCUGCAAAGUACCUAGAUUUAACCAGGCAUCCGCCAGGAUCUUUCAAGCCUGUGCCAUGUUUUUUUUUUUUUCAUUUGUCUGCACUGACACUCCUCAUGAGCUGCACCGCCCGUCUGUCGCAGCUACCGUGGCAUACCAGAAAGCAUAAAUGUGCAAA